GUCUGUCAUGUGUUGCGCGCGCGAAUUUAAAACUUAAUUAGAGGAAAAUCGAUGUGCGAGACAGUUCUUGAAAGAUCUUCUUACUGAAAAGACAGAAAAAUUAAUAAAUUAUAUCAUGGAUGAAUUGGAUCCUCAACAAAUAGUUCUUCUUCGCAAUGCCUUCAACGCCUUCGAUCAGGAGAAAAAAGGUUACAUUGGCACCGUGAUGGUCGGAACAAUUCUCAGCAUGUUGGGACACAAUCUCGACGAUCAAAUGCUCAAAGAAAUUAUCGCUGAAGUUGACGAAGAUGGAUCCGGAGAGAUUGAAUUCGAAGAAUUCGUUACCUUAGCUGCGCGUUUCCUUGUUGAAGAAGAUGCUGAAGCUGUUCAGAAGGAGCUCAAAGAGGCUUUUAGGUUGUACGAUAAGGAAGGCAAUGGUUACAUCACAACCGCAGUCCUACGUGAGAUUCUUCGUGAAUUAGAUGAUGCCUUGACGAAGGAAGAUUUGGACAUGAUGAUCGAAGAAAUUGAUUCUGAUGGUUCGGGAACAGUUGAUUUCGAUGAAUUUAUGGAAGUUAUGACUGGAGGCGAUGACUAAAAGAAAAUAAUCAAUGACGAAAUUUAAUAAAUUUGGAAUUUUUCUCAA